AUGGCUUGGCUAAGUGACAGCUGGCAACCUCGCUCAAGCUGUGCGCUUCACUGCACCUCGCCAUCGAGUCUGGCAAGGGCUUCGCUGCGCCAUCCCGGGCCUGUGGUCAGGGCAUCGCAGCGCCACAGCGCUGGCCCUGCGGCAAUUGAAGGCGUGGCCGGUGCCUUGGUGGCAGGCUGUUUGGUCUUGGGACGAAGAAGGAGCCUGCAUCUGCGCUUCAUGGGACGCUCGGCCGCUCCCGAGCUUCCCGACGAGGCCCUCCUGGCACGGGCGCGGGAUCACGUUGCAAGGGCGCGGCGCGUCGUCGUCCUGACGGGUGCGGGCAUCUCCACGGACUCCGGAGUGCCGGAUUUCCGUGGCCCCUCCGGUGUAUGGACGAAGGACCCGAGCAUGCAGCGGCUGGUGGACCUGGAUGCAUGGCUGAACGAGCCCGACAUUCGGGUCAAAGGCUGGCAGUGGCUGAAGAGUUGGCGGCUGGACGAGCUUGUGCCAAACCCGGGCCAUGAAGCAGUUGUGGAGCUACACAAGCAGGGCAAGCUGCAGCUGUGUGUUACUCAGAACACGGAAGGACUGCAGGAGCAGGCCGGGUUGCCAGCGGGUUCGCUGGUUACGAUCCACGGCAGCCGUCGGCAUGUGAACUGCAUGCGACGAAGAAUGGAUGAGUGGCUCGAUUUCUCCUCAAUGCCUCGUUUGGAGAAGGUGGAAGAUGGGCACUGUGACUUCUGGUGCUAUUCCCAUGAUCUCCUUAAGCGGGUGGAUGGCGGGGAGACGGAUCCGCGCUGUCCGAAGUGCGGAUCGAUCUUGAAGACGGCCAACAUUUCCUUCGGCCAGAGCUUGGUUCCGCGGGACAUCCGGCGAGCGGAGGUGGCCGCGAAGCAGUGCGAUGUCCUGCUGACCGUGGGGAGCACGCUGAGCGUCUAUCCAGUCGCAAACAUGGUGCCCAUUUCCAAAGCAGCUGGGGCCAAAGUGAUCAUUCUCAACGCCGAAGCCACGGCACUGGAUGAACUGGCAGAUGUGGUCCUCCGUGGAUCCAUCAGCCAAGUUCUUCCCCUACUCGUGGGCUCGGUGCUGCGGAAGCUCACGGACGAUCCGAAGACCGCCCCGGAGCUCUUCAACCUCGGCUUGGUCAGAACCUCAGGGGUUUUCGGCGCUUUCGGCGAACAUGGAACCUCUGCCCUGUCCAAGCCCGACUUGGCGCUGGGCGUCCUUGGCCAAGAUCGGCUGAGCCUGGACCUUGGAGAGCUCCGAGCCCUCGCGUUUUUGGCCGCUAAUCUGUUCCGAGGCAACGAUGGGGCGAUGCGACGCAUGGCAGCGGAGGUCUUGGGCUCCGGGCCGUGCCUUCACGGUUGUGAAGUCUUUCCCUUUACUGCCGGCAGGUGA